AUAUAUCUCUGCCUAUUGCUCUUACUAAGUUCCUAAGUGAGACUUUUGUAAAACUCGUGCUCAACCAGGACAUUUCUAUAGAAACUGUUCUCAAAAUAAAUACCACCAAUGUGGUCAAUACAGUCAUAUUAGUAUUGAUUGCCCUCUUGCCUCUAUCAAGUUGGAUAACCAAAUAUACAGAUAUGGAUGUUCCUCCGAUGAA